AUGACGCCGGAGUUAGGUUAUGCUUGGCAUACUCACAGCUCAGCCACCCCUGGAAUAGUGAAAAUCCCGGUGAUGUUCGCUGGCUUGAUGGUGCAAGCUGAGGGCCUUGGGGAAAUUGAACGUGAAAGGGGCUGGGGGCUAUCCUACCGGGUUAGAAAGCCAGGGGGAUUCACAGUUGUUGACAAAUUGAUUCCAGUGAUAGACGACCAAGUUGGAAGGGCCCAAGCGAUCAACCGAAACACAUGUACUGGAAGUGGUGAAACAGUGGAAAACCGUUGGCUGAGCGUUGGCCCGGCGGUUUGGUCACCAGUUCAUGGCCUGUGGAUUUCGUGGAGUUUCAUCAAUUCGACAUCGAUCGUCAUGACUUUUGGUAAUCCACAGAUGUGA